CGAGCGUCGGCCCAAUGACGAGCGGGCAAGCCUAGUGAGUAACAUCCUCGUCAUCCUCCAACUUGGCUCGCAUUCGCCAAGUCGCCACGCAUGGCCGACGUCCACAAGCGCGUGUCCAACGCGGACGAGCUCGACAAGGAGCAGGACGAUGACGUCCUCCUCUCGGACCACACGCCGGCGGACGUCGAGGCCGCCCACGACCACGCGCCGCCCGCGCCGAGCCACAGCUACCGGCCCGACAUUGACGGUCUCCGCACGCUUGCCGUGCUCCCCGUCCUCGUCUUCCACGCGUACCCCAAGCUCUUUCCCGGCGGCUUCAUUGGCGUCGACAUCUUCUUUGUCAUUUCCGGCUUUCUCAUUUCCGGCAUCCUCUUCAAGGAGCACAAGCGCGGCAAGUUUACGUACGCGAGCUUCUACGAGCGCCGCGUCCGCCGCAUCUUCCCGACGCUCAUCAUCGUGCUGAGCGCGACGCUCUGGCUCGGGUACCUCUACCUCAUGGCGCCCAAGCUCAAGCUCAUGGCCGCCACCAUGUUUGCCGGGACGGUCUUUGCCGCCAACCUCCAAGUGCUCUCGCUCGAGAAGGCGUACUUUGAUCUGGGUGCGAACCCAGUCUUGCACCUCUGGUCGCUCGGCGUCGAAGAGCAGUUCUACAUCCUCUGGCCAUUCUUCUGCGCCAUCAUCAUGAAGCUCUCGUACAAGCGCGCGAUCAUCCUCCAAGUGGCGUUCAUGGUGCUGAGCUUUGGCAUCAACAUUGCCUUCCUCGGCUACCGCGACAACAAGGUGUCGUUCUACAUGCCGCUCUGCCGCUUCUGGCAAAUGUCCAUGGGCGGUCUCCUCGCAUACGUCACGUCGCAGGCGGCGCCGGCGUUCGAACCAUUGGCGGCGUCGGGCACGACACCGUCGAGCUCGGGCGGGUGGACGUCGGCAGCUGGCCUCAGCCUCAUCCUCCUCGGCUUUGCCUCGAUCAACGAACACCGCGCGUUUCCCGGCUUUUGGGCGCUGCUCCCGACGCUUGGUGCGACCUUGCUCAUCGCGGCCGGUCCCCGUGCGCCGUUCAACCGCUACAUCCUCAGCAACGCCGUUGUCGUCUACAUUGGCAAGAUCAGCUACUGCCUCUACCUCUGGCACUGGCCGAUCCUCGUCAUCUCGGGCGAUCGGUACCCGGCGACGGCGCCGCGCCCGUUCUUUGCCGAGCCAUGGGUCCUUCUCCUUAUCUCGGUUGCCCUGAGCAUCGCUACGUACGAAGACGUCGAGCUGCGUCUGCGCCGGCGCAAGGCCAAGUGGAUCACGCCGGUGCUGGCGCUCGGUGUCGCACUCCUCGCACUCGUCUCGGCCGCAGUCUACACGUACCCGGCUAACUUUUCGCUGAUUGAACUCGGGCUGCGCAACGUCGCCCCGCCGAUCGUCGAGUCGGGUGCGAAUCUCACGUCCGGCAACGUGCCUGCGUCGUUGAAGCAAGCGCAGACGGCUAUCUACGACGGCGCGUGGCAAGGCGGCUUGGGCGACAAGUGCCCGUCCGACUCGCCGUACGUCUUUAACGCGAUCCGCCCCGAGCACGCCGAGAAGUAUGGCCCCUACUACCUCCCGGGUGACGUCUACCUCAUCAACCCGGGCCAUGAGAAGGACAACGGUCUCCUCAUCGUGCUUGGCGACUCGCAUGCCGACAUGACCAAGCCGCGCCUCGUGCAGCUCUUUGAAGACGCCAAGGCCGCCAAGAACGAGUCGACAUUUCCCACGAUCGCCAUCAACAGCUGGUCUGCCCGGCCGAUCAUGCCGUGCCGGGCCGAGUAUUACGCCAACUUGGCCAUGGUCAAGGCGAUGAAGCCCCAGGUGCUUCUCCUCGUCCAGCACUACUACCAGUACGUGCACCCGACGGGCGAUUUCAACACGCCGUACGAGGCGCCGCCCAAGUGCUGCAACGACGGGACCAAGCCGUGCCCCGAACAAACGAUGCGCGACGUCAACGCCAUGUGGUCGAUCAUGGAGAAAGACCUCAAGGAGCUCACCGACAUGGGCAUCAAGGUGUUUGUCGUCGACCAGAGCCCCGAGUACGAAGAGAUGAACCCGUCGGCGUGGAUCUCGGGCGACAAAGUGACGAUGCCCAAGCCCAUGUACAAGUCCGAGUUCAACCGCGAGUACAAGUGGCUCCUCGACCCGCUCCAUGCAAUGGUCAAGAACGCUGGCGCGACGCUCAUCGACUACGCCGACAACUACUCGCUCGGCGACGAAAUCAUGAUCACCGACGACCACGGGUACCCGGUCAUGUGCUACGGGACGCACCUCAACGCGCACACGGCCCGCAGCUACCUCACCGUCGUCGACCAAGUCGUAGACGCCGCCCGUCUCCAAAAGUAAAUUGAGCUUGCGAGUACAACACGCCACCAAUAUAGAGUCGUUUAUGUAUCUACGA